AUCAUAGAGUUUUUUGGUCGGCUAUAUUUCUGUUCUUGUUGAGGUCUUCUGAAAGCGAAUCUUGUCAAAAAAACUUAAGGCUUCUUUACUUUUUCCAGAUUAAUUUACCAGUAUAUUUUCUAGGGGAGUUAUCAGAUCUACUCUUUGGAUCUCUCUCCACUAUAUUUUCAAGAAACCAUUUCUUGGUUUUGGAUUCAGAUCCAAGAAAAUGGUGAGAGGGAAGAUCGAAAUCAAAAGAAUCGAGGACGUGACCAGCAGACACGUCACGUUUUCCAAGCGUAGGAAAGGUCUCUUGAAGAAGGCUCACGAGCUUUCAGUUCUAUGUGAUGCUCAAGUAGCAGCCAUUGUCUUCUCUCAGAAAGGAAGAUUAUAUGAUUUCGCUAGCUCCGACAUGCAGAAGAUGAUAGAGAGAUGUGAGAUACAUAGGGGUGAGUAUUUUGGAGCAGAGAGACUCCAAAAACAGCAAUACGUGCAAGAUCUCAAGAACGAAAUGGCGAUAACGAUGGACAAGAUUAAACUUCUUCAACUUCAUUGCCGGAAGCUGAUGGGGCAAGAUUUGGAUUCGUGUUCGGUGGAGGAACUCAAGGAGAUAACUACCAAAAUUGAGAAAAGUCUUACUAUUGUCAGAUCAAGGAAGGCUAAGUUAAAUGAAGAUAGAAUAGAGAAACUAAAAGCAGAGAUUGUAGCAGAGAGAGAGGUCUUGAACGAUAAAAGUAGGCUGCGCCAAAUGUUUGAAGAACAACCCUUGUGGAUUCAGUCAAGGAGCCUAGAGAGUGAGAAGAGUGCACCUUCCUGUAGUUGUGGAAACAUGAACUUGUCGGAUGUGGAAACUGACUUGUCCAUCGGAUUGCCUCAAAGUCGAGUGUAAUCAACAGAGUUCUUGUUAAUGUUCAUAUUAUCCGGACAUGCAUAUAUUUCUACAUGUGAAUGUUUUUAAUUGAUUUUCUCAAUGCUUGCAUCAAGAAUAAAAUAGUGUAAAACUGUUAAGUAUUCUCUACUAUGUUAUGUAUGCUGAGUUUUUUGUUCUUACUUUGUGGAAAAUUGGAGUUUUUAAUAUAAUUUGAAAGUGUA